ACAUAAAAUACAGUCAGUCGUUCGUCGUUUUUUCACUCGUUCGUAUCGUUUUUAGAUUACUUUAUCGUGUUUUUAUAUCCACUACAAAUAAGAAAAAAUUAGACGUUGCUGAAAUUUGCAUUGGUCUUUUCUCUUUUUUUGUGAAAAUUGUGCAAAUUUCUUACAACGCCCAACGUAUAGAAUAUAGGAGACAACAAACGAGAAUAAAACACACGCAACAAAAAUAAAAAACAAAACAACAAACUUUACAAACUAACCAAUUCCAUUAUCUUGGAUUAUAUAAAAUUUUCUUCUCCCCUCUGUGUUAAUAAAAGCCGUCAAAAUUGAAUCGACAAAGAUUGACGAGACUUUUUCCUCUACUUCAACUGCAAUGGAGGAUAAAGCAACAACAAAAGAUCUGGAUCAAUGGAUUGAACAGUUGAACGAGUGCAAUCAAUUGACAGAAGCCCAAGUCAGAACUCUGUGUGAAAAGGCCAAGGAAAUUCUUUCCAAGGAAUCAAAUGUUCAAGAAGUCAAAUGUCCUGUAACAGUAUGCGGAGAUGUUCACGGUCAAUUUCACGAUCUUAUGGAACUCUUCCGGAUAGGUGGCAAAUCACCCGAUACAAAUUAUCUGUUCAUGGGUGAUUAUGUCGAUCGUGGCUAUUAUUCGGUCGAAACUGUUACACUAUUGGUUGCCCUCAAGGUGCGCUAUCGCGAGAGAAUCACCAUUUUGCGUGGCAAUCAUGAAUCCCGACAAAUCACUCAAGUUUAUGGCUUUUACGAUGAAUGUCUGCGCAAAUAUGGCAAUGCCAAUGUUUGGAAAUAUUUUACCGAUCUGUUUGACUAUUUGCCACUGACCGCCUUGGUUGAUGGCCAGAUAUUCUGUUUACACGGUGGCUUGAGUCCAUCGAUCGAUAGUUUGGAUCACAUCCGCGCGCUGGAUCGCCUGCAAGAGGUGCCGCAUGAGGGACCCAUGUGCGAUUUGCUAUGGUCCGAUCCCGAUGAUAGAGGUGGCUGGGGUAUUUCACCACGUGGUGCUGGUUACACCUUUGGUCAAGACAUUUCGGAAACAUUUAACAGCACAAAUGGCCUAACAUUGGUAUCACGUGCCCAUCAAUUGGUCAUGGAAGGUUAUAAUUGGUGUCACGACCGCAAUGUUGUCACAAUUUUCUCAGCGCCAAAUUAUUGUUAUCGUUGUGGCAAUCAAGCGGCCCUUAUGGAAUUAGACGAUUCACUUAAAUUUUCAUUCCUACAGUUCGACCCAGCACCAAGACGUGGAGAGCCCCAUGUUACACGAAGAACACCAGAUUAUUUCCUUUAAGAGAAAUUACCUACAACAACAAGUAAAACAGCAGAAAAUCCGAAACAUUACAACAACAAGAACAUUUACAUUUAUUACUAUAUAAAAUACUAAUGAUAAUAAAACAAAAAAUAAAAAAUAAUAAUACAAAAAGAACAACAACAACAAAUGCAGAAAUGCAACAAACAACUAGUAAGCAUUAUCAUCAAGAAUACGACGAACAACCCGAUUGUAGAGGAAAAAACGCGAACGCUGAUGGCAGAAUGGAAGGAAAAGGAGAGAGAAGAAGAAGAAGGAAAAUGAUGAGAACGAAGUAGGCCGAAGAUGAAAAGAAUGCAUUGAUGAAAAAAAAUGGAACACAGUGAAAGUAAAAUAAAAUAAAAAACAAAUAAAAACAGCAAAACAAAAUUAAAAACAUAAUUUAUAUACAAUUAGUUACAACAAAGCUGUAAUUUAGAAAGUAACAACAACAACAAACAAACAAAAUAAAAACAAAAGAAAACUUAAUAAAAAAAUAGAGAAAAACAAUUAAAUUAUACAAAAAAUGCGAGUAAUUUUAAACUACACCAGAGAAAAACAAAACAAACAAACCAAUCGUUAAACUUUAAGCCAAGCAGUUAUUUUUGAUUUUUUCUAAAACAAAUACCAUUUACGAAACCCCUGCCCUACACACCCACACAUACACACACUCAACAGUAAAACUAUGCCUUAACUUCCGAACCGAAAAUCAUUGUGAAGAAAGGAAAAUUAGGAGUUUUAAGGAAAAAAUAAAAAAGUAAGGAAUGUUAGGCAUGUUGUUCGUUUCGAUGAUGAGACACUAUCACACACACAACCACUUCUCCCUCCCUCCCAAUCAAUCCCUGACGAGUAUCCAAAGGCUGAAAGAAGACAAGUUACGAAGCAAACUGCUGUCCCACUACCACUACCACAGAGAUCGAGAUGGGACUUUAUUUCUAAAGCUAAUACAAAAGAAAACAAAAUAAAGGCAAGCAAAUUAAUUAAUUGUUUUAGCUGGCUGGCUCAAUAUGUGAAUUAUACAAACAAAGAAACAAAAUAAAGCCCGUUAUUAAUAACAAUUAUAAUUGAACAUUUAUUUAUAUUUAAGCAAAGAAGAAAAUAUUAAAUAAAUAAAAACAACAACCAUAUGAGAAAAAGAACAAAAAAAGCUAAACAAAAAUAGUUUGUACUUUUAAAAUGAGGGCGAAAGCGAGGCGCAAAUACUACUACUGGAGGAAUAUAGAAAAAAAAAAAAAAACAAAAACAUACCCCAAAUCCUGAUGACUGUUUUCCAACAGCAACAAAAAACAAAUAGUUCCACCACAUUCUAUUAGCAAAUAUCACUAGAUUCUUUAUCAUCACCAUCUAUCAACAUUAUUCUACGCGGAUUUUUCUUCAAUGCAGCAAUACCUAUUUAUCAGUAGAGAUCAUCACCUCAUCAAAAAUGAGAAAAAAUGCAGCAGCCAAUCAUUCAUCCAUCCAUCCAUCAAUACUUUCGUUCGUCAUAUCAUCUCACAUCCUGCCUCCAUUCAUGCAUCGUUCAUUCAUUCGUCACCAUAAGAUAAUGUUAAUUUUUUCUUUUUUUUUUGUUUUGAAACAAAGUAAAAUCUACUUAAAACUGUUUAGAGAAAAAACCAACAACAACAUAACAUAAACAAAAAACAACAACAAAUUGCAAAUAAAAUGUGAAAACAAUUACAAUUUAUUAAUUAAAAUGAACAAAAUAAAAACAAAAUUAUAUAUACAUUAUAUUUUAUUGCUAAAUAAGGCGAAUAAAAUAUUAAAAAUAAAAAACAAAACCAGAAAAACUAUAAUACAUCUAAAAUAUAUUUAAAAAAUUUUAUUUAAAAUAAAUAAUGACUUUUGAUUCUUUAUGAUAUUUGCUUUUUCUCACCAAAACACUCACUCACAUACUACAUACAUACAUACAUUUAAAGAAAAGCAGAAUAACAUUUUCAAUCUAAAUCAUGUUACAACACAAACACACACACACCUACAUAAAUAUAUACACUCCUUUUCUUACAUUUUGUAUUAUCAUAUAUAUAAAUAUUAGCGAUUCUUUUGUAUUUUUCUAUACAUAUAGAAGGUGAUCAUCCCACUUUUUUUUCCAAAAAAGAAGAGAAAAACAUUAUUUUUUUUACAAAUUUAAUUUAAUUUAAAAAUUUGUGCCAUUAAAGCUUUAACAUUGCUGCGCGAACACAUUUAUAUGUUUUCUACUCUUUUUUCCUAAACUCUUUCUUUUUUUUAAUAAUUUAAAUUUGUUUUCUUAUACAAACAUACGAAAUAUUAUAUUUAUAAAUAAAAAUUAUGAAAAUUUUGGAAUUUUUUGAUAAGUAAAAUAAUAAAUAAUAAUAAUAA